CAGUGCUGGGCAGGAGGCCAGAGGGUAGUAGUGUUCCUCGGAGGCUGUGGGGUCACAGGCUCCCUCACAGACAUUCGUGCAGCACUCGCGUAUGGGUGCAGUUGCGGCAGCUGACGUGGCAGCACCAAUGGAAGGUGCAGUUACAGCGCUCAGUUACGCGCUGCGUGCGCGUGCGGUGACCUCGGCCGCAGCACAGGAGCUCGCAGCCGUCCAGGGCAGGGGAAGAGCUGUUGCAGGCCCGGCCUGUGGUGCCCGCUGUGCCCAUGCGACCGCUGUAGGUGCAGAAAUUGGGCGAUUUCUCGAAAUACACGAGGUCGUGCGGUGAGGGAGGCUUGUGGGCGGGGUCUUCCGGCUCGAGGCGCAGUAGCUCCGCGCGGGAUGCGCGAUUAUUACCUCGGUUGCCAUAGAGCACACGCGAGGCGCCGUCAAAGCGGUCCCGCAGCACAUCGCCCACCGCGCGGAGCGUGGGCAAUCUCAUCCAGCACGUGCGCACAGUGCACGAGCCCGACAUCCCGUGGCACUUGCACUCUUGGCGCAUCUCCGAGAACACUGUCUGUGGGAAAGAGACAGUCGUCAUUUUCUGUAGCUUCGCCUGACCAUCCUACUUCCUUAAAAGCAUCCGGUCACCUUCCCUAAGUACAGCCCCCUCCUAGGGCAGGCAAGACCACAGUGGCUGGACCUUUUAAUUCCAUCCGCUUCCUUUCUUUCCUGCUGACUUGCCUUCGAAGUGGGGAAAGCACUGCAUUUGGAAUCGAAAAGGCUGUGCUGGAGCUCUGGAUCUACCACUUAACUGGGCAAAUCAAAAUAUAAUCCACAAAUUCUCGACCAAAAAGGCGGCCAAAAUCGAUGUUGUCACUGCAACCUCCCCAGUGCCAGUCCGGACCCCCAGGGCCACGCCGCCGGUAGUCACACGUACAAGAUUCUAUGGAACCCUCGGAACAGGAGCGAGCGACAGAGUGUGUCACUCCAGCAGAUGUGAUGGCGAAGAUAAAGGCGGUUUCUCGACAUCCUGGUAGCGGAAGAAGAAUGAGUGUCACUGGGAUCCUGAAGAAGCUGCCGCUGGAGCCACCAGGCCCUGGCCAGGACAUGACGGAGGAGCCACGGUCAUGGUCUCUGCCUUCAGGCCUCGCCGGGCUUCUGCUCCUCUUCCUUUGCAGUAGAGCGUUAAGCAAUGAAAUCCUGGGGCUGAAACUUCCCGGGGAGCCUCCGCUGACUCCCAACACCGUGUGCCUAACGCUGCCCGGUCUCAGUAAGCGUCAGUUCGGCCUGUGCCUGCGCAGCCCCGACGUGACGGCGUCUGCACUGCAGGGCCUGCACAUCGCGGUUCACGAGUGCCAGCACCAGCUCCGGGAUCAGCGCUGGAACUGUUCAUCCCUGGAGGCCAGCGGCCGGCUGCCACACCACAGCGCCAUCCUCAAGAGGGGUUUCCGAGAGACUGCCUUCUCUUUCUCCAUGCUGGCUGCUGGGGUCAUGCACUCGGUGGCCACGGCUUGCAGCCUUGGGAAGCUGGUGAGUUGUGGUUGUGGCUGGAAAGGCAGUGGAGAACAGGACCGGCUAAGGGCCAAACUAUUACAGCUCCAGACAAUCUCCCGUGGCAAAAGCUUUCCUAACUCCCCACUUGGCCUUGGACCCAAUUCAGGCACCAGCCCUAGUCCCCAGGACACAUGGGAAUGGGGUGGCUGCAACCAGGACCUGGACUUUGGAGAGAAAUUCUCUCGGGACUUCCUGGACUUGAGGGAGGCUCCACGAGACAUCCAGGCACGAAUGAGAAUCCACAACAACCGAGUGGGGAGACAGGUGGUGACUGAGAAUUUGAAACAGAAAUGUAAGUGCCAUGGGACAUCGGGCAGCUGCCAGUUCAAGACGUGCUGGAGAGCAGCUCCCGAAUUCCGUCUGGUGGGGGCAGCACUCAGGGAACGAUUAAGCCGGGCUGUCUUUAUCAACGCCCACAACCGCAACUCCGGUGCCUUCCAGCCCCGGCUUCGCCCUCGACGGCUUUCGGGGGAGCUUGUCUACUUUGAAAAAUCUCCUGAUUUUUGUGACUGGGAGCCAGCCCUGGGAUCACCAGGCACCCAGGGACGCGUCUGCAACAAGACCAGCCGCCUCCCCGAUGGUUGUGGGAGCUUGUGCUGCGGGCGAGGCCACAAUGUGCUCCGGCAGACCCGCGUGGAGCGUUGCCACUGUCGUUUCCAUUGGUGUUGUUAUGUCCUCUGCGAUGAGUGCCGGGUCACAGAGUGGGUCAACGUCUGCAAGUGAGGGGGAUGCUCAUCCCCAUCUCCCAACCCGAUUCACACUAGGGACCCUGAGGGAAGGGAAAGGAAGGGAAGGGAAGGGGCUCCCUUUAGUCCUUCGCAGUUGAGUUCAUGCAUCUCCCCAGAAACAGCGUCGGGGAGUGAAAGUCUGAUGGGUCAGCAAUGCGUCCUUCCUGAUUGGUCCUCUACAAUUAGGGGACCCGGACGAGAGAGCUCAAGCUCCUACCCUUUCCAUGUCCUGCUCUGUGUCCUUCACACACUGGGAUAGACCAAGAUUAAAUACACUGUGUUGUCCCCCAACUACUUGAGUGUCCAUCCUCUUGCUCUCCAGGGGAAAACUCCAGCUUCUUGUCCUUCAGGUAGACGGUAGAGUCAUUUUUCUCCCAAAGGAAUGUGCCCAAGAGUCGUUCAGAACUCCGAAUGCCUGUACUUAAGGACCAUGUACAUGUGUCCAGUCCUCUCCCCAUCCCAUCCAAUAGUCUUGGUCUCCUUUUAUGAAAUAACAGGAGAAAGCAAAGCAGAGGGGGGUCUAGUUCUAGGAACAGCUCAUAAGACAGCCCUGUUCAGAGUCCUUGGGAAGGCUUCCCCACUCCUUUUCUCCUGGAUCCCAAAGGAGGGCUUCUCUGGAAAGAGUUCAUCUAGGACUUUCUGAUCUCUUCUGUCUUCCCCAGCAGAAGUGGAGGGAACAGCUAAUUUAUUUUGCUGAGACUUGUUCUUGGUUCCUGUUUUUAACUAAAAUAAAUUCAAAUCGAGUCACUGCAAA